AUGACUCAGAACUGCAGGGCACUGAAGCAACACUUGGAAGACCUGAUGGCAGCUGGACACCUAAGAGAAUACAUUGAUCAGGAUAAGGAAGUGGCCGAGUUGGGGAACCCACCUCCAGACGCACUGAAGGAAGAGAUCGCUAAGGCUGCGCAAAUUCAGCGAAUCAUGUCAGUGGAGCCGGUAUCGAAAAAGGUGCGUACAGUACCUAAAUCCCCCUUGUGCACUGUUUCAUUUACUAGCAAAGAUUUAGAAGGCAUACAGCACCAACAUACUGAUGCAUUGAUUAUAACUGUUGGGAUUGGGAAACGAUUUGAUGUAAAACGAGUCCUAGUAGAUCAGGGCAGUACGGCAGACAUACUGUAUUAUGAUUUGUUCAGAAAGCUCGACCUCUCCGAGUAG